AUGGUAGUGUCUCCGAUACGGAAUCAGGCAGGAGUGGGAUCGCACAGGGCGCUCCCAAUGGAUGAUGGUUUUACGAUGGUUCGGCGUAAUGGGCGGCGGGAAGAGGGGACGACGAAUCGUGUGGUAUUUGGUGCUGGUGGAUCAGGAUCAGGGGAGCGGAAAAAUAUUGAGUACUGGUAA